UCGAUGAUGACGAUGGCCAUGGCUGCACGCAAUUACUAAUCACCUCGCUCCUAGCAGGAAUUAAUUCAUAGAGCGUUUGUUCGUUUUUAGUCAUUAAUAGUGGUUGGUUGGUUUCCCAUUGGAUCCGAUCCGAUCCGAUCCGAGUCUAUAAAUAAGCACUCGAUCGUCGUCGUUCCCGGUCAAUUCUAUCAUCGGGCAGUUUAAUUAUCACUCGCCCCUCUCUAUAUCAGUCUUCUAUGAAUUAAUCUGCGCACACACAUACAUACAUACAUACUACACACACACACAUAUCCGAGAGAGAGAGAUGGGCACGCCCGCAGGCAAAUCAUCAUCAAUACUGCUCAUCUUGCUCCUGAUUCUUUCCCACUUCUCGGUCCAAGUCGUGUCCGUGGUGAAGGAGUGCGGCGCCGACGAAGACGACGGCUGCACCAACAAGAAGAGAGCCCAGUCUCUCAAGAUCAUCGCAAUCGUCUCCAUCCUGGUCACCAGCAUGAUCGGCGUCUGCCUGCCGCUCGUCACGCGCUCCGUCCCCGCCCUCAGCCCCGAACGCAGCCUCUUUGUCAUCGUCAAGGCCUUCGCCGCCGGGAUCAUCUUAGCGACGGGGUUCAUGCACGUCCUCCCGGAUUCCUUCGACAUGCUCUCGUCUGCCUGCCUGGACGAACACCCCUGGCACAAGUUCCCUUUCACCGGCUUUGUCGCCAUGCUCUCCGCCAUUAUCACGCUCAUGAUCGACUCCAUAGCUACGAGCCUCUACUCCCAGAAACACAAAGGCGGUGUUGUGCUGCCGGAUUCCGCGGCCGCCGGAGCCACGGAAAGGGAGAUGGAGGCGGUGGUCGUCGUCGAUGCUGCAGCUCCAGCUCCAGCUCCAGCUCAUCCUCAUUCUCAUUCCUCUCAUGGUCACUACCACGGAGCCAAGUUGGAAGUUGGGGGCGCGCAGCUUCUCCGUUACCGCGUGAUUGCCAUGGUUUUGGAGCUGGGAAUCAUAGUUCACUCGGUGGUGAUCGGGCUGUCACUGGGGGCUUCGAACAAUACAUGCUCCAUCAAAGGGCUGGUGGCGGCGCUCUGCUUCCACCAGAUGUUCGAAGGAAUGGGUCUGGGCGGGUGCAUCCUCCAGGCGGAGUACGGCCUCGCGAAGAAGGCUGCCAUGGCAUUCUUCUUCGCGGUGACCACCCCGUUCGGGAUCGCGCUGGGGAUGGCACUGUCCAGCACCUACAAGGAGAACAGCCCCCGAGCCCUGAUCACCGUGGGGCUGCUCAACGCCUCCUCCGCGGGCCUGCUCAUCUACAUGGCCCUGGUGGACCUCCUGGCUUCGGAUUUCAUGGGCACCAAGUUGCAGGCCAGUGUCCGGCUGCAGCUCAAGUCUUACGCCGCCGUGCUCCUCGGGGCCGGCGGAAUGUCGCUCAUGGCUAAGUGGGCUUAGUGGAUUGAUUGAUAGAUUGCUUCAUUAUUUGAAGGCUACCGAACCGCCAGCUUCAACUCUGAUCGAUCUGCCCAUUACUCAGUAAUUAAUCAAUAAAAAUCUGUUAAUGACA